AUGUUUACUCAAGGUGCCCGCACGAUUGGCACGCCCCUCGAUGUCGCGGCCGGCGUGUCCACGCUGCGCUUGGACACCCCAGGCCGGCGCCAUGGCCACGUUUUCUAUCCGCGCGAGGAUGCCGCUGCCAGGCCUCCCUCGAGAAGCCUGUCCCAGUUGUCUCUGAGAGGAGCCGUUGGCUCGGCCCCGUCGCCGCCCUUGGCGGCGUCGGCCUCCUCUCCAGAUCUCGGCAGACCCCGAUCAGGCAGAGAGGAGAUCCCUCCCCUGCGGUUUCCUUCCCCAACCCAAGGUUCCUACAAAGUUCGCCCGCCCUACGCUGCAGAUGAUGGCAUGCCAAAGCGCAUGGAAAGAGCGACGCCCGAGCGCGGCCAAGGGCCGGGUGCGCGGCCGUCAUCGGCCUCGGCGCCGUGGGAGGCAGCAGCGAGGUGCACUCAGCCAGUUGUCGCUCCAGCCGUCUGGCACUACCGGCCACCAUCGGCUCGUGAACGGUCGCUGGGACGAGGUUCAGAACGAUCUACGUCUCCUUCGGCACGCUUUGACAGUGCUAAAGGCCCCAGAGGAGGUCCGGUCGGCUACGAGAAGGAGAUCCUGCGCGCCGCCUCGCCCCUGCGGAUCCCACGGGCCGGAUACGGACUUGACCUCGACAGCCUCGACCCGCCACGGUUCUCAGGAGCGGGUUCAGCGCCGGACUCGAAGCCGAGUGCCAGGCGAGGAGCCGCCGGCCCCGCCCUUCGCCCGCGGCCCACACGGGCGGCGGCGAACCUGGCGGGCAACAAGAUCUCCCAGGCGCGCGCUGACCUCCGCGCCAGGCGGGCCGACCUCCGCAUGAACCAUGGAGAGGUCAACGGACGCGAAGCACGCGCGCCUGGGAAAACAUGGUGCUGGCAGCACGGUUUGCCGAGGUCAAUCUGCCACAGGCCCUCUUGA